AUGGAAGGAAGAAAAAGUGUCGCAAACAAUUCGUCGACUACCUCUGCAGUUAAAGUUCCUACAACUUAUGUCUCACCAUUCUCAAAACCCUUACGACCUCCUAUAAUACCAAAGCAACUUCCUCAUACAAUUCAAGACAAAUUGUUGGACAAUAUGCAUUUGCACAAAGAAACAGCUCAGCCAACAGGUCAGGCAACAACAACUAUCGGAACAGAAGCAUUUUCAGAAGAAGUUCAUACCAAUCAGACUCCAAUCGAACAUACAGAAACACAACCACCCGAAAAUACAGAAACACAUUCUGCAAUGACCACUAGAUCGCAAACACGAUAUCUCGCCUUUAGCAAACAAUUUAAGUCUCAAAUUCAAGACACACAAGAUAGCGACACUCCUCUUUCAGAGAAAGUUCGUAGAAAAUACGCAAAGAAAAGGUUAGAAUUGUUAGAUAAGUUAAAUGAACAGUGGGGUUCAGAAGACAAUCGAGAUUAUAACGAGAUGUUUCAAGCUGUCAUGGAUGCCAUUCAGCCUCUUGAAAACGAAAUCAAAGACCCUGGCGUACUUGUUGACAUGUUUGCUUCAUAUUUACCCGUUACUGCCAAUCUCAUAGCGUUGCAAGCUAUUGACCAGUUCAUUCACUUGUUUCCAAAGAACUUGCAGAAGCAUUUACAAGAAGUUAAAAUUGCUGAAUUUGUCCGUAUAUAUCCAAAUUCAUACAAUUAUUUGGAAGAAUUGAAUGAACAUGGUGAACCUAUAUUAUAUUCUUUUCAAAGAUUCUUGCAAAUCAUCAAAAAUAAUUGUAUUUUAAAAAACGAUCAAAUUAUCCUUUCAUUAUUUUAA